ACACACAGUGACCCACAAGGAAGGAAGCAGAGAAGAAGAAGUACAUGAUGACUAGAUGAGGCCAAAAUCUUAGCGGGUUCUGUUGUGCUGAGCAUCUCUCUCAAGGAGCCGAUACCCAAGUGCUAUUUCUUAUUGUUUUAUUUGUAAUUCUUGAAAUUUGACUUGAUUGAUUUGUGAUCUUCAAAUGGGGAGGAACCCAGACCAGAUUUUGAUUUGAUAUCUUCAUUGUUCCAUCCAUGCUGAACAUGAGGGAUUGAAAGGAUUGGUUCGAAUUUCGAAAUAACUGUGGUGUUUUACUUGCUUGGUAGAGAAAUAAGAGAAUGGGUUGUUUCUCGUGCUUCGGUUCCAAGGAGGAGGAGGAGCUGAAUCUGAGAAAGGGGGGCGAUGAUAAACAGGAAGCCCAGACUACAGUGAAUUCGAAUGUUUCUCGAUUGGCUUCUGGAGCGGACCGACUCAAAUCAAGAAACAAUACAGAGUUAAGAAGGGAAUCAUCAGGUUCAAGGGAUGUACUACCUGAUGUUCAUAUUGCUGCUCAUACAUUCACCUUUCGGGAGCUGGCAGCUGCGACAAAGAACUUCAGGCCAGAGUCCCUCUUAGGGGAGGGAGGAUUUGGGAGAGUUUACAAAGGGCUCCUUGAGAGCACGGGUCAGGUUGUGGCUGUGAAACAGCUGGACAGAAAUGGUCUUCAGGGGAACAGAGAAUUUCUGGUUGAGGUUCUCAUGCUUAGCCUUCUACACCAUCCUAACUUGGUCAAUUUAAUAGGUUACUGUGCCGAUGGGGAACAGAGGCUUCUUGUCUAUGAGUUCAUGCCAUUGGGUUCAUUGGAAGAUCAUCUCCAUGAUCUUCCACCUGAUAAAGAACCACUUGACUGGAACAAGAGAAUGAAGAUUGCAGCUGGUGCAGCUAAAGGUUUGGAAUACCUGCAUGACAAAGCAAAUCCUCCUGUUAUCUACAGGGACUUCAAAUCAUCCAAUAUAUUAUUGGAUGAAGGGUUCCAGCCGAAGCUUUCUGAUUUUGGGCUUGCAAAGCUUGGUCCGGUUGGGGACAAGUCACAUGUCUCCACCAGGGUCAUGGGCACUUACGGUUAUUGUGCUCCUGAGUAUGCCAUGACUGGACAACUGACAGUGAAGUCUGAUGUCUACAGUUUUGGGGUAGUCUUCUUGGAGUUGAUUACUGGACGUAAAGCAAUUGAUAGUACCCGAGCUCAUGGAGAACAGAAUCUUAUCGCAUGGGCACGCCCCUUGUUCAAUGACCGCCGGAAGUUAUCAAAACUGGUAGAUCCUCAAUUACAAGGUCGAUAUCCAAUGCGUGGGCUUUACCAGGCACUUGCUGUGGCAUCGAUGUGUAUCCAAGAACAGGCUGCUACCCGCCCGCUCAUCGGUGAUGUGGUCACUGCCCUGUCCUACUUGGCAUCCCACACAUAUGACCCCAAUGCACCUCUUGCUCAUAACAACAGAGGUAGUGGAGAUGAGAGAAGAAACAGAGGUGGGGUGGACAGGGAUGAGAGAGGUGGAAGAGUUACCAAGAGUGAUGAUGGGGGAGGGUCUGGACGCAAGUGGGACUUCGAGGGAUCAGAGAAGGAUGACUCACCAAGGGAAACAGCAAGAAUGUUAAACAGGGAUUUGGAUAGAGAAAGAGCAGUCGCAGAGGCCAAAAUGUGGGGAGAGAACUGGCGAGAAAAAAGGAGGCAAAGUGCACAAGGUAGUUUGGAUAGUGCGAACGGGUAGAGUCCACAUGAUAUAUCGCAACUCCCAACUCCCCACCGUGGUUCUGUCCAUGCUUUCUUGCCAGAGGGAGUGAGAAACUUGUGAGAAUUUUCUCAGAGGACUACAACCACAAAAAGCUUUUCUUAGCUUUUUCACCCAAUUCUCAUAGCCACUCAAAUUUCAGGGAAAAGAGAAGACCUUUGAGAAUAGUGUAUAUUAAUUUAUCAGAGAGGAUAAAGAAAAUGAGUCUUGUAACCUUUCAACUUUGGAAUUUUGGAUGGUCUGAACCAUCAAAAUCUCAAUUGUUGUGAAAGCUUGAAGGAAUUUUGUGAUUAA